AUGAAUGAAGAAAAUGAUGAUCACGAUAAUGAAUUUAACAAUAUGAAUAAAGAAAAUAAUAAUAAUGAUGAUAAAUUUGACAAUAUAUAUGAAGAAAAUGAUAAUAAUAAUAAAGAAUUUAUUAAUAUAAAUGAUAUAAAUGAAGAUGAAAUACAAUCCAACAGUAGUGAUGAAUAUAAUAAUAAUGAUCAGUUAGAAAUAUUAGAAAAUAAAGAAGAAGAGAAUAAGAAAA